AUGGGUGGUGAUGAUCCUCAUAAUCAUCAUCAUCAUCAUCAUCAUGAAGCUUUUGGAGUUUCAUCCAGCAAUGGAGAUGUUCGAGAAGAUGAUAAUGAAUCAAAAGCCGGAAAAGAGAGCCAGAAAACCCAGAAAAAAGUUUCCUUGUUCAAACUGUUUACGUAUGCGGAUGCGUACGAUUACUUGUUGAUGUUUGUGGGUUCGAUUGGGGCCUGUAUUCAUGGUGCUUCUGUGCCGGUUUUCUUCAUUUUCUUCGGUAAAAUGAUAAAUAUCAUCGGUUUGGCCUAUCUUUUCCCUCAGGAAGCUUCUCACAAAGUUGCCCUGUAUUCCUUGGAUUUUGUCUAUCUGAGUGUGGUCAUCAUGUUUUCAUCCUGGAUAGAGGUGGCGUGUUGGAUGCAUACCGGAGAAAGGCAAGCAGCAAAGAUGAGAAUGGCAUAUUUGAGGGCAAUGCUAAAUCAAGACAUCGGCCUUUUCGACACCGAAGCUUCCACCGGUGAAGUUAUUGCAGCCAUUACUAGCGACAUUAUUGUUGUUCAAGAUGCCCUUUCUGAGAAGGUGGGGAACUUUAUGCAUUACAUAAGCAGAUUCAUAGCUGGAUUUGCCAUCGGAUUCAUUAGAGUGUGGCAGAUCAGCCUUGUAACUCUGUCUAUUGUGCCGUUGAUUGCCCUCGCCGGCGGUGUCUAUGCUUAUAUCGCCACUGGCCUAAUAGCCAGAGUCCGCAAAUCCUAUGUGAAAGCUGGAGAAAUUGCUGAAGAGGUGAUUGCUAAUGUCAGAACAGUACAAGCCUUUGCUGGAGAAGACAGGGCGGUUAAGUCUUACAAGACGGCGCUUUUGAGCACUUAUAGCUAUGGAAAGAAAGCUGGACUGGCGAAGGGAUUGGGAUUGGGAACCUUGCAUUUUGUGCUAUUCCUGUCGUGGUCGUUGCUGGUUUGGUUUACCAGCAUUAUUGUUCAUAAGAGCAUUGCUAAUGGAGGAGACUCUUUCACAACUAUGCUCAAUGUUGUUAUCGCCGGCCUGUCUCUUGGGCAAGCAGCACCGGAUAUCACAGCAUUUAUUCGGGCAAAGGCAGCCGCAUAUCCCAUUUUCGAGAUGAUUGAGAGAAAUACUUUUAGCACCAACAGCUCCAAGAUUGGGAGAAAACUAAAUAAAGUGGAGGGGCACAUCUGUUUUGAGGAUGUGACUUUUAGUUACCCAUCCCGUCCUGAUGUAGUGAUUUUCGACAAAGUUUGUUUGGAUAUCCCUCCUGGAAAAAUUGUGGCCAUUGUUGGAGGUAGUGGAUCUGGGAAGAGCACAGUAAUAUCAUUGAUUGAGCGCUUCUACGAUCCCUUGUCAGGAAGAAUACUGUUAGAUGGAACUGAUAUCAAGGAUCUUGAUCUCAAGUGGAUGAGACAGCAGAUUGGGUUGGUAAAUCAAGAGCCUGCCCUAUUUGCCACAACAAUCCGGGAAAACAUCCUCUAUGGAAAAGGUGAUGCCACACUUGAAGAGAUAACCCGGGCAGCAAAGCUUUCUGAGGCAAUGGGUUUCAUCAACAACCUUCCGGACAGAUUUGAAACUCAGGUGGGUGAGAGAGGAGUUCAAUUAUCUGGUGGGCAAAAGCAAAGAAUUGCGAUUUCACGUGCCAUUGUGAAGAACCCUUCCAUACUUCUGUUGGAUGAAGCCACUAGUGCCCUUGAUGCUGAGUCUGAGAAGAGUGUGCAGGAAGCUCUUGAUCGCGUGAUGGUGGGAAGAACAACUGUCAUUGUAGCUCAUCGCCUUUCAACCAUUAGAAAUGCUGAUGUUAUAGCCGUUCUUCAAAAUGGGAAAAUAGUAGAAAUCGGAAGCCAUGAAGAGCUUAUCACAAAGGCAAAUGGAGCAUAUGCUUCUCUUGUUCAACUUCAGGAAACAGCUUCUUUGCAGCGCCUUUCUUCACAUGGACCCCACCUGUCUCGACCUCUGAGUGUCAAGUAUUCACGCGAAAGUAGCAUCAGAUAUUCUCGAGAGCUAUCUCGCACAACAACAAGAAGUCUUGGUGCAAGUUUUCGUUCUGAUAAAUCAAUGAGCCGCAUUGGAGCUGAUGGAGCUGAGUUUGUUGAAUCAAGCAAAAUUUCUUCGGCAAGACUGUACUCCAUGGUUAGACCUGACUGGAUGUACGGUUUUGUUGGCACCAUUUGUGCAUUUAUAUGUGGUGCGCAGAUGCCUCUUUUUGCCCUUGGGGUGACUCAGGCUCUCGUAUCUUACUACAUGGACUGGGACACAACUCGACGUGAAGUAAGAAAGAUUGCUUUCCUCUUUUGUGGAGGUGCUGGUGUAACUGUCAUAGUUCACGCCAUAACACACCUUUGUUUUGGAAUAAUGGGAGAGCGAUUGACACUUCGAGUGCGAGAAAAGAUGUUCAAUGCUAUACUGAGAAAUGAGAUCGGAUGGUUUGAUGAUAUGGACAAUACAAGUUCAAUGCUUGCUUCACGUUUAGAAAGUGAUGCAACUUUGCUGCGAAAUGUGGUUGUUGAUCGCACCACAAUUCUGUUGCAAAAUGUUGGUUUGGCAGUCACAGCAUUCAUCAUUGCCCUCAUCUUGAACUGGAGGCUAACACUUGUUGUCAUAGCGACAUAUCCAUUAAUCGUCAGUGGUCACAUCAGCGAGAAACUCUUCAUGAAAGGCUACGGCGUCAACUUGAACAAAGCAUACCUCAAAGCCAACAUGCUAGCCGGUGAGGCAGUUAGCAACAUCCGAACUGUUGCAGCAUUCUGUUCAGAAGAGAAAGUGCUAGAUCUUUAUGCUCAACAGCUUCGUGAGCCUGCCAAACGUUCAUUUAGGCGUGGCCAGACUGCAGGGAUACUUUAUGGAAUCUCUCAGUUUUUCAUUUUCUCGUGCUAUGGUCUUGCAUUGUGGUAUGGUUCUGAAUUGAUGGGAAAGGGACUUGCAAGCUUUAAAUCAGUGAUGAAAUCAUUCAUGGUUUUGAUAGUAAGUGCCUUGGCCAUGGGUGAAAUACUUGCAAUGGCGCCGGAUCUGCUGAAAGGAAACCAAAUGGUGGCUUCAGUAUUUGAAGUGCUAGAUAGGAAGACUGAAAUCUUAGGUGAUGUUGGAGAAGAUGUAGCAAAGGUGGAUGGUAUGAUUGAGCUAAAAAAUGUAGAUUUCAGCUACCCUUCAAGACCAGAUGUCCUGAUUUUCAAGGACUUUAAUCUGAGAGUUUCCCCCGGCAGAAGUAUGGCUAUAGUAGGGCAGAGUGGUUCCGGUAAAAGCACUGUGAUUUCCUUAAUAAUGCGAUUCUACGAUCCAACAUCAGGGAAAGUGAUGAUUGAUGGCAAAGAUGUGAAGAAACUGAGAUUGAAGUCUCUAAGGAAACACAUUGGCCUUGUUUCACAAGAGCCAGCUCUAUUUGCGACAUCAAUAUAUGAAAACAUCUUGUAUGGUAAAGAUGGAGCAUCAGAGAGUGAAGUGAUUGAAGCAGCAAAGUUUGCAAAUGCUCAUAGUUUCAUCAGUGCUCUUCCUGAAGGCUAUUCGACAAAGUCUGAUAUUGGGUCCAGGAAUAGCAGCAACCUUGUUGAGCCAGAGACGUGCCCGCAGGAUAUUCCACGGCAUCAAGAAUCACCUGGAUCAUUGCAGACUCUGAAGCCGGUCUGCUGGGGACUUCUUGUUGGCAUUCUAUCAUCUCAGUGUGUAGAUGAAUCUCAGCCUGCUGGACAUCCAUUUCUUUCUCUAAUCACAAAUUGUUAA